AUGGAGAUACCACAAUCAGUUACAGAAGCAGGUUUUAAUAUAGCAGCAUUUAAUCAAACUAGUGCUAAUGUUUCCUUCAAUAUACCAAUUACAUUGGAGUGUACUGGUGAAGCCCCUGGGAAUAUUAGUGUUACUAUAGAGUGUAAUGGAACUGGUGUUGUAUAUAAUGACACUACACUAGUGGAAUAUGCUAAACGACCAAUGAUCAUAACAGGAUCAGUACUAGUACCACUAUAUCAACAGUGUAAUAUCACGGUUGUAUUUAGCAAUGGUGUUGGUAGUAGUGAUCCAUUUAUUCUAGCAUUUGUUGCAAAUAUUCUUCCUACAACUUCAUCAACAAGUGCCACAUCAACCAUAUCUCCAACUGUUUCAACAAGAACAUCAUCAUCAGUUAUCAUCAUUAUAAGUGUCUUUGCUGGUGGUGGUUUAGUUAUAUUGCCUAUGAUUAUAAUUUUUUGCUGUUUAUCACUGAGGUUAUAUCAUAAAAAGAAGCUGCGCAUUGAAAGAAGAGCUUCUGAGUCACAUGGAUUGCCUAAUGAGCGAGUUUCAUUUGAUGGAUCUUCUGCCCAUUCAUCAGUAGGCAGUACUACUCAAGAGACAAAACUCUGUCCUUCACAAUCAACAAACACCAGUGAACCUCAUGCUAGUACUACAAAGGAAGCUGCUACUGGAGGAGGAGCUACUGCUAGUGGUACUACUGUAAUUGGAGCUACUGGAGGAGAUACUAAUCCACCAGCAAUACCUGAUGAUGAGGAAAGUAAAGGAGCUACUUGAGGAGCUACUACUACUAUUUAACACAUCAUGUUAAUUAACGAUGAUUCACAUUUUCCCUCAGCUCCUCCUCCUCUGCCUCUCCAUUAUCUUUUUACUUGUAAUGCGUGCUAUUAAAGCAAAAGCUGUGUGUUUGAUUAUAGACUGGCCUCACUCAGACUGGUUGUAUAUGUCUAUCAUUUUUAAUGUCUAUAGUAUUUAAAUAAUGAUAUUGAUUGUUAUAUUUUUUAUAAUUGCUUUAACACAUUUCAUUUAAUUGUCAGAUUGGUCUUGUUUUUU